AUGGAUUCAAGAAAUCUUGGGUAUAGUAGUCCAGCUUCAGAUUACGAUGGCAUUCUCGACGGCAUCCUUGUAUACAUGGGUAGAACCUCUAAGCAGGAAAGUGGGGCAAUAAGUAGUAAUAUCUUCGACAGCAUUGAUGAUAGCCAUAGCAUGAAACCUGUGAUUACCAAUGAAGGAUUAAAAUCAGAGUAUCUUACUGUUAAAGAUCCUCUUGUCCUUUGGCGAGAUUUGAAAGAAAGAUUCGACCACCUGAAGUUGGUCGUUCUUCCAAAAGCCCGAUAUGAUUGGUUUCACUUACGGCUGCAAGAUUUUAAAACUGUCAAUGAAUAUAAUUCAGCCAUGUUCAGAAUCACUUCUCAAUUAUCAUUAUGUGGCGAAAAAGUCACUGAUGAAGAUAUGUUAGAAAAAACAUUUUCUACUUUUCAUGUCUCUAACAUGCUCCUGCAGCAGCAAUAUCGAGAAAAGGGGUUUAAAAAAUAUUCUGAACUUAUUGCAUGUCUUCUCUUGGCUGAACAAAACAAUGAAUUGUUGCUGAAAAAUCAUGAGUCCCGACCAACUGGUGCAAGCCCAUUCCCUGAAGCGAAUGCGACCCAAUUUCAAAAUUCUGGUCGAGGUCGUGGACGUGGCCGUAGAGGUGGCCGUGGAGGAUGCCGCGGACGUGGUCAUGGCCGUGGACGUGAUCGUAGUAAAUUUGUGCCCCGUGAAAAUUUUAACCGGGGCAAGCAACAAAAUGUUUCCCAAAAGAAGGAAAAUAACUACGAUCAGAAAAAUGGAGAAAAGAAAGUUUAUGAAGAAAAAUGCUACCGGUGUGGUAUGGAAGGUCAUUGGUCUCGUACCUGUCGUACGGCCGAACAUCUUGUUGACCUCUAUCAAGCAUCAUUGAAAAAGAAAGACAAAGAUGUCAACAAAUAUCCCAUGAUUAUUUAG